AUGCUUCAAUGCAUUAUUAAACUUACUUUAUUUUUAUUUAAUUUAUUUUAUUUUUUAUUCUGUUUUGUAUAUUUGGCCGUUCAUGCUAGUCCGCAUGAAAGAAGAUUGUAUGAGGAUCUCCUGCGCGACUAUAAUGUUUUGGAACGCCCAGUAGAAAAUCAUUCUCAUCCAGUAACAGUACAUUUAAAAGUGUCUCUGCAACAAUUAAUUGAUGUAGACGAAAAGAAUCAGAUUGUACAUGUUAAUGCUUGGUUAGACUAUCUUUGGAAUGAUUAUAAACUGCGAUGGGAUCCUAAUGAAUACGGAAACAUCAGGUUUCCUUUUGACGAACAAAGAUGUUUCUUUAAAUUUGGUUCAUGGACUUAUUCAGGAUUCUAUUUGGAUUUACAACCUGCAAAGGGUGGAUUCGAUACAAGUGAAUAUUUAUCCAAUGGUGAAUGGGCCUUACCUAUGACAACAGUGGCACGAAGCGAGAAAUUUUAUGAUUGUUGUCCAAAGGAGCCUUAUCCCGAUUUAACAUUUUAUUUACAUAUGAGACGUCGUACUCUUUAUUAUGGAUUUAAUUUAAUUAUGCCGUGUCUUCUAACAACGAUGAUGUCUCUUCUUGGUUUUACUCUUCCACCAGAAGCUGGAGAAAAAAUUACUCUACAAAUCACUGUCCUCCUAUCCAUCUGCUUUUUCCUCUCAAUUCUAUCAGAGAUGUCCCCUCCUACAUCUGAAGCAGUUCCUCUGCUUGGCCUUUUCUUUUCUUCAUGCAUGUUAAUAGUUACUGCAUCUACUGUGUUUACUGUCUAUGUCCUAAAUUUGCAUUAUCGAACACCAGAAACACAUGAAAUGGGCAAAACAGCUCGCACUCUUCUUCUCUAUUGGCUGCCGUGGAUGUUGCGCAUGGAAAGGCCUGGGAUAAUUCUUAGCUGGGAAACACUCCCUUCAUUGUUGCCCUGCUCUAGGCCAAAAAAUCAAAGUCAGUCACUAAUUCGGAAUGUUAAGGAUAACGAAACUGGCUCAAGAGCUUCAUUGGAAAUUGAUCAUCGAGUCCAUCAAUUGCUUUAUGGAAAUGGUGAUUGUGGUCGAAGAAAAAAUCUGUUGUUACAAAGAGGAGCUACUAUAGACAAUGAAAGCAGCAAAGUGGAUUCAAAUAGAGAACAUCAAGCCCUACUUUUGACAUUACAAAGAAUUGCUAGAGAAUUGAGGUUAAUCACUCGAAGAAUGACAGAGGCAGAUCGAGAAGGCGAACAAUCGAGCAACUGGAAAUUUGCGGCAAUGGUGGUUGAUCGUCUCUGCCUAUAUAUUUUUUCGUUUUUGAUGAUUGGAACAGUGGUUGGAGUUUGUGUUUCAGCACCAUAUAUUAUUGCAUAA